UCGCGUUGAACGCGACGUUCAAGUUCGUCAACUUUCGUUGUUAAUGCCAACGGUCUGGAAGUGUGCGUGAAAGUACUUUUGAAAUUUCUGUAGAGGUGCAGAUUUUAGCUUUGGCAUUUAUGAGUUCAAGUUAAUAGAGUGGACGUGACGUGACGUGGGAAAUGCACUCGUUACAGUGGCAUUGCUACCAACAAAAUUAACACUCCCAACCAUGGAGGUAGAAUUACGCAGCUCUUUCCAACGGAUGAGGGGACAUCUUUGCUCGAGGCCGACCAUCCCAACUAUAUAGUUCGAGUCCCCCCAAGGACAACUCUCAAGCAUGGACAAGGACACUUUCACUUGUGGUGCUUGCAAGACAAGUUUUUCUGAUCUGGAAGAGUUUCUGAACCACAAGAAUACUCCAUGCAAUAAAGUCACAGAGGGAUCCCACCUGGCUGUAUUGGGCAGUGCAGUCAGUUGGGUCUCUGGGAACCAGAUUGCCACAGCAGAUGAGAAUGGCAUCAUUGAAGGGUCCGAGGCAAGAGCAGUCAUCACUCCCGCGGCAGCGUUGGAUGAGACAGAGGCUUGGUUAAAAGCAGCUUUACCUGAGCCUGAGUCAGUUCUUGGCACCAUUUUCCUCUGCAAGGAUUGUAAUGUGUACUCAACCUGCUUAAAAGAUCUUAGGAAACACCGACUGGAAUUGCACAAUCCGUCUUUGGCGUCAGAAGAUGACGUUGUACGAGCGGCUCCCAUCAAUCCCUUGGGCUGUACUGUGACACGGAAUAAUGGCAUAGUGCCGGUCGUUAAGAGGAAAAGGGGCAGACCAAGAAAAUAUCCCCCUGCCAAGGUUGAUUUUCCCUUUACCAAGACAGGACAAUUGGUAGUAGAAGGUUCGGAGGUAACUGUCAUGACCACUGCCGUUGAGGGCGAGAAAUCAAAAGAGGUUGAAGGAGAAGGGGUUAGGCGUCCGAAGAGAGGACGACCGAGAAAGACGGAGGCUGAGAAGGAACAGGCAAAGCAGAAACUCCUUGAGAUGAGACAGAAGCAAGCCGCAGAGGAGGAGAGUCUGACAGCAGAGGAAAAGAUAUGUCGGACUUGUGGGAGGGAGUUUGCUAGGGUGCGUCAGCUCAGGAGCCAUCGCUGCCAGGGAGGCGAUCCCGACCGCAGAAGUGAUACGGAGAGCGACGAUGAAGAUUCGGCCCAGCAGAAUGCCGAGAUGGAUGGCCGCAGCAGCAGAGCCUCUGAUCCCGAACCCCUCACUUUUAACCUUGUCGCCACGCCUGACCAGCUGGAUUCUACCGAAUGCGCGAUCCCGCAGACCCUCAACGACAACGCCCUGCCAGACCUGCGAGUCAGCAAGCAAGACCCCCUAAAGGUUUACACCUGCCCCAUCUGCAGGAGGUUAUACAAGACCAAACCUAGCCUCCAGGUGCACCUGUCAACCCACACCAAAGAGAAACCCUUUAGUUGUAACCAGUGUAGCUACAGGAGCUCUGUGAAAGGCAACCUGAAGAUCCACAUGAGGAAGCACACCAACGAACGGCUGCACUGCGACAUCUGUAAUUACAGUUGCAUCAGCAAGGGUAACUUGAAGAAACAUAAGAUGAGACAUGGGCCCAAGAGGACUCCCAUUUAUUGCAAUCUCUGCAAACGUCGGGCCUACACCCCCUCUUACUUGCUGCACCACCUGGAGGCCGAGCAUGACAUCCAAUCAGAUCCCAGAGCCAAGCGCUACUACGAGGAGCAGAAGCUCAAGUGUCGAGUUGGACAACGGAAUCUUCUUUAUCAGUGCCACGUCUGCGAUCGCAAGUUCAAAGACAGGCGAAGUCACGACGCGCACGUGCUCCUGCAUCGACCCAACAAACCUUUCAAAUGUGCGCUGUGUCCUUACGCUGCCAUCAGAUACGACGCCAUCGAGCUACAUGCAAAGAGACACUGGUUUAUUUAUGUCUGCCAUUUGUGUCACACCAAAGUCUUGAGCACAGAGCUUCUUAAAACCCACUUGAGUGCACACAGUCAACCUCCUGACCUGAACACUGAAGACUUACUCAAACAGAGUAUCUUGAGUAGCAUGUAUCAGUGCGAUCCUAUUGAGAAAGAACUCAUGAAUGAGCUGAUUAGAAAGAAUGGACUGAGUUUAGAAAGGAAAGAAAAGAGGACUCAAGACAGAUCAGAAGAUUGUCGAGGUGAAAAGAACGGAGACUUAGGGAAACAUGAUGUGGAAAAUGAAACGGAAUAUCUACAAAUUCUGAGCACACCGGCUGUCGAGCAGUCAGAAUUGCUGGAAAUUAACAAAGCUUUUGCAAAACUGAACUUCAAAAGAUUGAGCCCAGAUAUUUUGAGGGAGAUUCGGAUGUUGUAUGGUGAAAACGAGUGCCCCAUCUGCGGUAAACUGUUUCGCUAUCGACCUCAGUUAGAGGUCCAUCGGAAGACUCACAGUAAGGACAAAGAGUUCCAGUGCAAUCUUUGCCCGUAUUCGUCCCACACCAAGCAAGGAUUGCAGAGGCAUGUGGAUACAGUUCACGUGGGGACCAGGUUGAAGUGUCCGAUGUGCAAUUUUGAGACCACAAGCAGUACUUACCUGCUGAUGCACAGGAAGAAACAGCACCUGGACUUAGCGAUGUUCAAGUGCUCCCAGUGUGACAUGACCACCGCUAGCGAGAGGGAAAUGAAAGACCACAUCGCCGCCCGUCAUCCCGAGCUGCCGCAGUCAGAGCUGGAGAGGAUCAUGGGCAAGCAUAUCCACAUCCGGAGUAGGUUGGGCACGGUGGCCAGCCACGCCUGCAAGCACUGCGGUGAGGUCUUCCGACGGGUCUGCGACCUGCGCCGCCACCUCUGGCUCCACGAGGGCACCAACCCCUACAAGUGCCGCCUCUGCAGGUUCCAGGCCCGCACCCUGCAGAACCUCCAGUCCCACAUGCUACGCCACUCGGACAGCCGCACACACCUCUGCCACCACUGCGGCAAGAUGUUCAAGAUGAAGAGCGCCCUCAAGGCACACUGCACCUCCCAGCACCCAGUGGAGAGGCUGCUGAAUUGCACCGACUGCAACUUCACGACCGGCGCGGAGGCCGACUUGGAGCACCACAGGAGAGCUCACCAUGCCGGCCCGUCGGUCCGGACGUUCCGUUGCUUCCAUUGCACGCAGUACUCCAGCAGCAAGGAGGAGCUGAGGGAGCACUACCGCCAAGAGCAUCCGGACGCCAUCUUCGAUGAGGGUCUGGCCUACGAAGUCCCCGAGGAGAGAAUCACAACGCUCAACAUCAGCAUUCACCAAACAGACGGUGUCUUGCAGUACAAGUGCAGCCAGUGCGAUGUCCUCCUCAUCAACAACGGUGAGCUGGGACAGCACCUACGCGAUGUCCACGGUCUUGCCAUCACCACGGUCGCCGAGGGUGACAGUGGGGAGAUGAACCCAGAGCAGCUGAGUGGUGAACACCUUAACGACCAGAGAGAUGCUACUCCGCUCUCUCCGGACUCCCAGGCCCAGAUGACUGAUCCAGCAACUGACGAGAGAACCAGUGCAAUGGAAUUACUGCAACAUAUUAUUGACAUACAGGAAAUAGCUCAGGUGUCUAGUGUCAUGGAGGAAUCUAGCCAGCAGCAACAGAACACUUCAGGAGACAACAAGAAGAAUUCCCAGGUUGAUGAACAGGGCAACAUGCCAGAGACUGUCGCAGCUGUCAACUAUUUGACAGCCUCUGAGAACAUGACCAAUGCACCCGAUGCCCAUCAGAGUCAACAAAACCUUCAAACGGUCUCAGACUGUCAUGAAAUGGAGCAGACCGUCCAACAUGAUGGGUCCUCUGAAGAUAUCCCAGUUGCCGUCUUUGAGCAAGAGGUCACAGAUGGGGUCAUGUUGGAGGCCAAGGGUCACAUGACUUACGUUCUGCCUGAACAGCGACAGCCAUCUUCUUGAUUGGACGGUUCAAAAAUGUUGAUGCCCGUUUGCCAGGUUGAAUACAGUCUGGCCAGAAUACCUCUCAGAAUAUAUUUUGUCAUGCAUACUGGGUGGGGCUGGAUGAGGAAAAGGGUGUGGCUGGGCGGGGCAGGGAAGUGCUCUGCCCCUUUGCAGAAAUCAAACCAUUCCAGUUUGAAGUAUUGGAGGCCUCUUGGGUUGUGUGCUCUCCUCGGCUGCCUGCUCUGCCCCUUUUUAGGGUGGCUCUGUUUUCCCCUAUUUCAAAGUCCAUCAAAUCCCCGAUCAACCUUGGAAGUUAAAUUUACUGUAGUAAUCAACUCAGAUCAUUUUUCAGAUGACUAGGAAUCGAUGGAUGUAGGAUUUAGGAUCUUUACUGUUCAAUUUUAUGCUUGUGUGAACAUGCUGGGACGGUAAGGGGCGACUUGUAGGAAAUAAGCUCCAACCUCAUUGGUGUACCUGAAAAUGGGAAGAUUUCUCCUCUGGCUUGGAACUUUAAGCGGCGACAAGGAGAUCAUCUCAGAAGGGCAUCACCUUUACACAAUCCCACAAAUUUCAAAAUCCAGUGAUGAUGAUUCGAAUGAAGAAUGUAGAUCCAAUAAAAUCAAAUUAAGCAGGA